AAAAGUAACAUACUUCUAAAAAAUGCAAACAAUUCGUCACCUUGCACAAAAAACAAAAUUUUCGAUAAGAGUCCAUCUAAAAAUAAUAAGAAAUAUAAUGGCCAAUUAAAAUUGAAGACUGAAUGGACUAUUCUUAGCAAGACAACUGCGAAUGAUGUGAUGAAAAACAUACAUGAUGAUUUAUCUGUUCGUAAUAUUAAUUCUAAUUUGGAAGAAAAAGAUACAUCGAAAUUAUGUAAGCCAAGCGAUACAAGUAAAAUAAUAGUAUCAAAUUUGAAAAUUAAUAAAUCAAAGAGUAAUAAAAAGUGUAAUAAAUUUUCUUUGCCUUCACAUAUAACUAUAUUGGAAACAACACCAAAUACUAUUUAUGAAUGUACUAUAUGUAAAAGUAAAUUCAAGUUUAAAUAUCAUUGUAAAUACCAUGAAGCAUGCGAAACAGGUGCAAAGCAAUUCAAAUGUGAUACAUGUUCAAAAGAAUUCAAAACUUUGCCUCAUUUGAAUUACCAUAUGAAGAGUCAUACAGAGGCAUCACGUACUAAAUGUGAUAUUUGUGGAAAACAGUUCUCACAUAUUGGUUCGCUAAAUCGUCAUUUAAAAGCACACACAAGUAUAAAUGCUUAUCAAUGUGAAUUGUGCACUUCAUCUUUUAAAACAAAAGAAUCACUGACGGCACACAAUACAAGGCAUAAAAAUGAAACAUUAUUUUCUUGUCAAAAAUGUGAAAAAAGAUUUAAUGAUAAAUCUAAUUUACGUAAGCAUAUGAUGACACAUAAUUUAGAACUUAAAAAUUACUUAUGCGAGUUGUGUGGAAAAUCCUUCAAAAUUCGGUGGUCUCUUAUUGCCCAUAAAUUAGCACACACUAAAAGCAAAUUUCAUAAAUGUUCAAAAUGUAAAAGUGUUUUUAGUAGUUAUCCCAGUCUGAGACGUCAUUAUUUAAGUCACUCCGGCAAACAUUAUUUAUGUAAUUAUUGUGAUAUAAAGUGUCAAAGGAAAGAUAAUUUAAUAAGACAUAUUAGAAAUACUCAUCCCGGCAAGGAUACAGCUUACAUUAAUAAUAAAUUGCAUAAAUGUGUUAAAAGAAGUUUAUCUUAUGACAAACCCAUAAAAAAACAAAUAGUUUUUGAAAUGAAUAAAGAUAAAAAUAAAAAUAGUGAUAAAGAAGAUUUAGUACCAAAUAUAAAUACUUCAAAUAAUAUUCUGCUAGAAUCUAAUACAAUACCACAUAAUUCAAAUAAAGACCCAAUGGAUUACAGCAAUGGUUUUUCAUUACAAGAAAAGAAAUUCAGAAUACCUGUAAUCAAUGGACCCAUAAAAUUAUCUUUCAAAAAUAUGCAACAUUCAGUUAAUAAUGUUAAUUCACUUAAUACAUCCAAAAACGACAACAGUAAGGCAUGUGAAGAUCACCAUAUAGAAAUUUACCGGAAAAUACUUCAAGCACCUUCAGCGAGAAAAACAUCAGGAUCAAGUACUGAAACAAGUGGAUCCAUUGAACCUACAUUUAACAAUAUUAAUAAAACAAAUACUUCUAAAAGUUUAAAUGGUAUUGACUCGCUGAGUGAUGAACAAAGAAAAGAAUAUCAACAUAUUGAAAUUUAUCGUAAAAUUUUAAUGCCAUCAUACACACAAAAAGACAAAGUAGAUUCAAAUUGUUACAAAUCUAACACUCUUAAAGAUCACUUCACAGAAACACAAAGUCCUGAAAAAUUUCAUGCAAGCAUUUUGACUUCUGAUAAUAAGCCAUAUACAAAUUAUAUAAGUUCCGACAAAAUGGGUGAAAUAAAUCACAAAGAUUAUGAUAACCAUGUCAGCACAAUAACUUUAGUUGCUGGAAAUAAAAUUAUGUGUUCCUUAAAUGAAGAUCUACGAACUGUACCUACAAUGAUUAAUCUUUAAUUGAAUAUUAACCUUUAAUUAUAGAUAUAAAUAUUGUUAUUAAAAAUCUGUAAAACUUUCAAAAACAAACAUUAAAUUUAUAAUCUAUAUUUUACAGGAUAAACCAAACAAUUUUGUAAUG